AUGGACGUUGCUGGUGCUUUGUUGCCCUUUACUCAAGUAGUGCGUCCAGAGCUUACUAUCCACGUGCAGGAAGUUCUAACGCAGGCCGAUCGUGAAGUUAUGGACCCUCAAAAACCAAAACAAAUACCAGAAAUAAAAGAACCCGGUGACAGAAGUGAUGAUGAAACAAAAAAGAGUCCAGUAAAAUCUAAAGGUGUAAGAGAUUGUGUAAAAGCAGAAGUAAAAAACGGUAGGAAAGGUAGUCCGGCCUGA